UUAAUUAGUCGGUAAAACUUUUCAAUAGCCUGAUAGCUUUAAUAUAAAAUAAUAUAAUAUAAUUAGGAUAGUAUAAUUACAUAGUGCGUGUUUUUACUUCUUAACUAUUUCAGCUAAACAUAAAAAAAAAUUGACAUAUUGAACAAUUUAGUAAAUAGUAAUAGUAAGUUUGCAAAGAAAAUGGCAGAUAUUUUGGACAUAUUAGAUAUAGAACAUCCAGGAGCAUCAGAAAUAACGAGGGACAGCAUUAUCCAUGGUGACAAAGUAAAAAAGAAAUAUGUUACAACUAAGGCUGUACGACGUCCUGAGGGCAUGCACCGUGAAGUGUUUGCCUUGCUUUAUAAUGAUAAUAAGGACUUACCUCCUCUUCUACCAACGGAUACCGGUAAGGCAUAUAAACAAACAAAGGCCAAGCUUGGUAUGAGAAAAGUAAGAAAAUGGGUAUGGGCUCCAUUCACAAACCCAGCACGCAAAGACAAUGCUGUGUUUCAUCACUGGAAAAGAGCUUCAGAUGAAGCUAAAGAAUACCCAUUUGCACAGUUCAAUAAGCAAGUAUCAAUCCCUUCAUAUUCGGAAUCGGAAUAUAACCAAUACUUGAAAUCAGAGGAUUGGAGUCAAGCUGAAACUGACCACUUAAUUGAUCUUUGUCAAAGGUUUGACCUUAGAUUCAUCGUUAUACAUGAUCGAUGGGAUAAAGCAGCGUUUCGAGACCGAAGUGUCGAGGAUCUAAAAGAGAGAUACUACAAUAUUUGCAGCAUAUUAAGCAAAGUUAAAACAAAUCCAUGGUCGAACACAGUGACAAUGGUGAAUGGAGAAAAAAGAAUAUACCAUUAUGAUGCUGAACACGAGAGGAAACGAAAGGAACAAUUGAAAAGGCUAUUUGAUAGAACACAAGAACAGAUCGAUGAAGAACAGAUGCUACUAACAGAAUUGAAAAAGAUAGAAGCAAGAAAACGUGAAAGGGAUAGAAAAACGCAAGACUUACAAAAGUUGAUAUCAAGAGCUGAUAGUGGUGGUAACAGUGCUACAAACCACCAGGCUAAUGUUACCAAUGAAGGGGCAGCUAUGCCAACAAAUACAGUUUCAAACAUUGUUAGACGACAUGAUAGGAAGCUACAUAAGAAAAAAUUGGCCACUCAGCAAAGGCCAGUCCGCACUGUAGAGACUGUUACAGUUGAGUGGUCUGGUAUAAAGUUUCCUGAAGCACGAGGCACUGGCGUCUGGCUUCGGUCACAGCGAAUGAAAUUACCUCCAGGUGUUGGCCAACGUAAAACAAAAGCAAUUGAACAAGAGUUACGACUUAUGAAUAUUGAUAUUGCUCCUACCCCAACUGAAGCUAUUUGCAAACACUUUAAUGAAUUACGUUCUGAUCUUGCUCUGGCAUUGGAUCUGAAGAAUGCUCUAGCGUCGUGUGAGUUUGAACUUCAAGCUCUAAGACAUCAGUAUGAAGCCCUAAAUCCAGGAAAGACUUUAAGCAUCCCUCCUUCAAUAUGCAACACAAAUGCUGAUGGAGAAGCAAAGCCUUUAGGUGAAAUCAUUGAUGUUGUUGGAUCUCCUGGUGCUUUAAACUCAACAAUUUAAUUAACUGUUUAGAAAUGUUGAAAUGUCAAAUAACAAUUAUUUAUAUCCAAUUUCUUUUUAUUCAGUAUUUGUAUCCCUUGUAUGAUUGUGUAUUUCUCUUUAUGUAAACAGUUAUUUAAUAUAUUUUAUCAGGCUAUAUGCUGUUAAUAGCUACAAGUGAUCUUUAUCUUUAGUGGCAUAGCUAGGUGGACAAGGGCCCCGGUGCAUAAGGAAAGAAUCGGGCCCUCAUUCCCUCUUUCCGCGUAGCUUGGUUUUAUAUUUAUUAUGGCCUUCAAAAUUAUUGUUAGGAACAAGAAUAGGAAACAGUGAGUUUUACUUAUCCCUAGUAGGCUAAAUCCAUACGUCGUCUCUAUGAGGGGUAGAAUCUCUAUGUGUUUAAUAAAAAAAAAUGGGAAAAAAUAAACAACGACGCACAUGACAAUACAGAAUAUUUAUUAUACAGAUGAGAUCAAUAAAGGGAAAAAAACGAUUUUGGAAAAAAAUUUGGAAUUUGAAAGUACUUACUGAGAUUUUCCUACAUUGCUUGUCAAUGUUUUGUAAAGAUUACAAGAAGCUCAACAAAAAAACCCACAAAACAGUUUGAUUGGUAAUGAUUGGUUGUAGCAGAAUAAAUAUGGUGACAGAUGGAUGAAUGUGUGGAAUAUAAAUAAUAGCAUUAGUGGUGAUAUUUGAUGAAAUAAGGCUGUAGGGAAUUAAGAAUUACAACAGUCAGCGACACACCUAGCGUCAACUAUUGUAAUGCUUUCCAGACCCCAGAAAAAAGCAAGGGCGAAUGAAAACUUGUCUAAAAAGUUGAUGGGUGGAAUUGUCGAAUUGCAAACUUAUCGCUGAUCUAAUGUGCUACAGGCGUACUCAUCCAAACUACCAAAUAGCUGAAAUAACGAUAAUAUACAGUACAUGCUUAUCGAGGAUGCUUGAGGUAUGUGCCAAAAAUCUUAAAUCAGGGGUUCUGUAGUUGUUGAUGUUCAUUUAAAAAUAAAAAAAAAAAUAAAAACAUGCUCCUCUCUUUUCAAAACUGAGGUUAGAGGGCGCCCUAAGCUCCGGGGCCUGGUGUACUGCACCAUUUGGCCCUACGAUAGCUACGCCACUGUCUUUAUACCAUGUAAUUUAACUGCAAAUAUUUGUACACAGAUUAUUUAUAUAUAUAUACAUAAUUACUAUACAGAUAAUUUUAUGAUGUCACUGUGAGUUUUAUUUCUGUAGUAUUAUAUAAUUAGAAGUGUUAACCAGGAAAUUUUUGAAUCUAUUAUUAUAAUUUGAUGUAAAGAUGAUAUCUUAAUAGAUUGCUUAGUAGUAAGUU